AUGAGCUGCAUAUUGAAGUGUAACAACGAGGAUGAAUUGGUUGUGGAUGGGGAAAAACCCAAGGUAGUAGAGUACGUCGAGAAACCAUCGGUAAUUUACAAGCCUACAACCGUUGUCCCCCCUAACAGCCUGAUCGAAAUUACUGCUCCCAAGGAUUUGCCUCAAAAUCCAACAUUCUUCCCAACCAUAGAUACAUUUUUCGACAAUGACGUCAAGCAGAUCGUUUUGUUGAUGGAAUUGCCCGGAUUUGUGGCGGGAGAUAUUGAUUUGGAGGUUGGUGAAGGUGAAGUUUGUGUUUGCGGCCCUAGGUCUAAGGAGGAACUAUAUGAGAAGUAUGGUCAAAAUUUAGAUAUACACAUUCGAGAACGAAAGGUUGGCUACUUUUACCGUCGCUUCAAGCUCCCGCACAAUGCUCUUGACAACACCGUAAAGGCAUCGUAUCAAAAUGGGAUUCUCGAAGUGCGCAUUACCUGUACAGAAUUUUCACCGAAAACGCGUGUGGAGAUCACAUCUUGA